AUGGGAGAAAAGCGUGUUGAUGCUGGCCCCGAGCACUCCAUUUUUGUUGGGGACUUAGCUCCGGACGUUACUGAUUAUCUGUUGCAGGAGACUUUUCGAGUUAAUUAUCCAUCAGUUAGAGGGGCCAAAGUUGUGACUGAUCCCAACACUGGGCGCCCCAAGGGUUAUGGCUUUGUUAAGUUUGCAGACGAGAACGAAAGGAAUCGGGCAAUGGUCGAGAUGAACGGCAUGUAUUGCUCGACCAGGCCCAUGAGAAUUAGUGCGGCCGCACCCAAGAAAACAGCUGCCGGGGUCCACCCGCAGUUUGCAGCUGCUAAAGCUUCAAUAUAUCCACCUUCUGUAUACCCUGCACCAGCUCAGACGAUUCCAGUGGAUAACGAUAUAAAUAACACUACUGUCUUUAUUGGUAAUCUCGAUCCUAAUGUAAGUGAAGAAGAACUGAGGCAAAUAUUCGUGCAAUUUGGGGAUAUUAUCUACGUCAAAAUCGUGGCGGCCAAGGCCUGUGGCUUUGUGCAGUUUGCCGCCAGGACAUCUGCUGAAGAAUCUAUCCAGAGGAUGCAGGGUGCUGUGAUUGGGCAACAGGUUGUUCGUGUUUCUUGGGGAAGGACUCCAGCAGCAAAGCAGGAUGUGGCUGGCAUGUGGGGACAAUCAGUGGAUCCAAAUCAAUAUAGUGCUUAUUAUGCUUAUGGUCAAAGCUAUGAUGCCUAUGCUUAUGGAGCAACUCAAGAUCCUUCAGCGUACGCUUAUGGUGGAUAUGCCGGUUAUGCACAAUACCCUCAGCAGGCGGACGGGGCUCAUGAUGUGGCUGCCACAGCAGCUCAACCUGUGGAAAAUGUUGAGGAAGUCUAUGAUCGUUUGGCCACACCAAAUGUUGAAAAGUUAAAUGCUGCCUACACUGCUGUUCACGGACGUGCCAUCCUGGGAAGAGUUUUAUGGCAGACCACCUCCUCUUAA